GUAGGCAUAUUUUCUAUUGUCCAAAGUACAAUACAAAUUCAGGUUCUAGUACAGAAAUUUUCGCAGCGAAAAGCUAUAAAUUCUCCUCCAAACCUGCCAUCUUCGCUUUGCCCAGAACAACCAUCUCCAGACAGCUUACGGAACUGCGCUUUAAAAUAUCCCGAACCUCGAUACCUUUCAAACUUCCAAGAAUACUUUACAAACCCCAGAGAUUCAGGACGAUAUGAAUUCCAAGACGAAUUCCAACAUGCCUUUCGAUAAUAUCCCCCAAAAGGUCCAGGUUUGCGCGGUCCUCACCUUCGCCCUGGCCUGCUUCAUCAUGCCCUACUUCGGUACCGAGCACCCCGAGCUAGAGAUUGUCGAGCGAGUCCUCACCAACUGCGAGACGCUCCGGGCUUGGCCUCUACUCUCUCCCCUCUUCGCCCUGUACGUACAACUGUGCGACUGGCUCAUCGCCGACACCGUCACUGUUCCUCGAAACACCAGAGACUGGUCCGUGUGGGUCCAGGAUCAAGAUCCUUCUCCUCCUUGGAAUCCGGGCCACACAGCACUCCUCCUAUCGGUCUUUGUGCGCUGCGGUAUUCUCUUCUGUGCCGCCUACUACCCCAUUCGGCUCCUUGCUCGCUUCUCCAACUUCGCCUCGGCAGUCAUCCUCUCGGCGAUUUCCAACACCCUCUCAGCUGCCGUCUCAGUCCAUGCAGAAUGGCUUGCCUUCUUCGACGCCUCGGCCGUGGCACUCCUCUCACUUUUCACCACCAUCGCACGUCUUCUGGCUGUUCUGGCUCUGGUAGUCAUCCAUGAACUGAGACGAGGUCUGGACUGGCGCCAUGCCCACCUCACGACGCUCCGCAACAGCCAAACGAACCCCACCGGCCCCCAUACCACCGACACGGGAAUCAGCGUCGGGACGGAGACGCCUCCUUUCUGGAACGGCCUUUGCACCAACGAUACCGUAAUCUGCCGGUCCAUUCGAGACGAGCUUCGCUGGGUCAAAGAGACGAAGCGGGUCGCUUUGACCCAACACAAGAAGGAGUACGACGAUGAGCUGAACAAGCUCUGGGCUCGCGCCCAUGAACUCCGUACGGAGUACGAGACGAAGAUCAAGGCGGCAAACGCCAAGCUGAAGAGGCUCGGCCUCAACAAAUCGUCCAGCGAGGCGAUCUCGGGCCUCGAGGCCGAGAUCGCCUCCAAGGACAAGGAGGUCGAGGACCUCAAGAAGAAGUUGAAGGAGAUGCGGGAGAGGAACCAGGGGCUUUGCACCCGCCUCUCCCGGGCCUCGGAGAAGUACGGGGAGGACCUCCGCGCCCUCGCGCGGAACCCCCCCGAUGCCUCCGAGGUGGUGGUCACCAAGGGGCGGUUCGACCAGCUCCAACUGGAGCGAGACCGCAUGUCGGAGCGGUGGGCCAAGCAGCUCUAUCGCGCGGAGGAGCUGGCCAAGGCCAAUGAGGCGCUUCGAAGGAAGCUGGGGAUCUAAGUAUCUCCC